GUUUAUUCCAAUUAACGUAGUAAAAAUGUAUAAGUCGUUAAUUUAAAUUCAUUUAUUAUAACACGUGUUAGUGAAACUAUUUAUUAAGUUAUUGUUAAUUUUUAUACAAAUUUUUAAUAACGAAAAAUGCCACGAAAAUCAGUUAAUGAAAUGGUUGCAAAGCAUGAUGACAAAACUCGUGCUCUUAUCGAAACAGUAUCGCUUUAUUCACCACUUCGUAGAAGUUCAAGAAUUAAACAAAACCUUAAAAAAAAUGAUUCUUCACCUGAAUUGUCUCUAAAUGAUGUUAGUAAUACACAAAUUCCAAGACAACAAAUAACUACUGUUGAUAAUACUAUUUCCAUUAAAAAUCAAAGAAAGUUACGUUCUAGAACAAAUACUAUAUCAUCAGAUAUUGAAGUCUUAGAAACAGAUAUUAGUACAACAACAAAGAAAACUAGAAAUAAUCCUUCUAAUAAUAAUAAAAUAAUAGAUAGUCGAAGAAGUAAAUAUUUUGUAAAAGAUGAAUCAGAAACAAAUUCACCAUCAGUAAAAAACACACAUAAUAUAAGAGCUAGUUCUAUGGAACCUGAAACUAUAUCUGAUAAACUAACAGAAAAACAAAACAAUGAAUUAAGAAAAACAUCUAUUAAAACAAAAAGACAAUCUUUAUUAAUACCUUCAGAAAUAAUUGUUACAGAAGAGAAAGAAGAAUUAAUGAAAUUUUCUUUAAAUCGUACAUUACCUGAUAUUAAUGAAAAUAUACAAUCAGAUUCAAAAAGUUCUUUUAAAAGUUCUAUACAAAAAAAUGAACCAUUACCAUUUCCAACAAAUAAAUGUGAUCGAAGUAAUAAUAGUAUAUGUGAAGAGCAUUUAAAUAACAUUGAUACUUCCGUUGAUUUUGUUGAAGAAGUAUUUAACAGAAAAAAGCAGCCAGAGAAAGAAUCUGUACAAAAUGAAUCUAAUGAUUCAAUAAUGUUAAUAAAACAAUAUACAAACGAAUUAAAAUCAGAAAAAAAAUAUCCAGAGAAUGAAACAAUAAAUAAAAAAUAUCAAGAAAAAUUUGAAGUUGAUGAUGAUUCUAAUACAAAUUUAUUUCAAGAUAUUUCAGUUAUUGAAUGGAAAAAGAAAAAUAAUGAAACUGAUAAAAAUUCUUUAAAUUUAUCAAGUGAAAAUAUAAAAAAUGAAAAGGAAUGUGAUCUUGUUUUAGUUGAUAAAGAUGCAUGGUUAUCUGCGGAAAAACUGAAAAAAAAUAAAAAAAAAAUAUUUGAUUAUGAUUCAGAUGAUACUAUUGUAUUAAAAGUACAAAGAGAUUCCAUGAAAGAAGAGAAUGAUACAGAUAUAUUGAUGGAUAUGUCAGAAGAUAAAUGUAAAUUAAAUAAUAGUACAAGUAAAUCUUCUACUAGCAAUAAACAACAAACUAUGAAAGAUAAAAAUAAAGAAAAAAAAGAAGUAAAAAGCGAUAUGGAAGAAACAGAAGAAGAUGUAAAAUUACAAAAUAUAGGGAUAUCAGAUCGAAAAUCACUGAGAGAUAAAACAAGAAAAAAAUUGAAAAAAAAUUAUUCAACAACAGCUAAUAUUUUAUUUGACUCUGAAAAAAGUAAAAAUAUUUCUGAUUCAGAUGACACACAAAAAAAAUUCAUGAACAUACCUAAAUUUUUAUUUGCCGAAACUAGCGAUAGUGAGAACAAUGAUAGUGAAUCUAAUAAUAGUAUAGAUUCUGAUAUUCAAAAGGAAUAUAAUUUUCACGGUAAAAAUAUUUCGAAGUUUUCCGAUGAUGAUAUAGUAGGAGAUGAAUGUAGAGCAUCAGAAAUGGAAUCAUCAGAUCCAGAUGAUAAUGGAUCAGAUAUGGCAGACUUUAUAGUUGAUAAUGAUGAAGUUGAAGAAGAAGAAGAAGAAAGUGAAAGUGAAGAGGAAGAAAAUGAAGAAAUUGAAAAUGAAGAGAAGAAGAACAAAGAAAGUGAAAAUGAAGAAAACGAAGAUGAAGAAAUUGAAAUUGAAGAAAAAGAAGACGAAGAAAGUGAAGAGAAAGAAAAUGAAGAAAUUGAAAAUGAUGUUGAGUUAGAUAUUGAAGAGAAUGAUAAAAAAAGUAAGAAAAAGAGCAAAAAUAAAAAGCGAGAUCAAAAUAUUGAAAAAUCGUUAAAUGGAUCUCAAAUAAUAUUUAAUAAAAAAAUAAAAGAUCUUGAUGUUAAAAUCGAUAAUUCAAAAGAAAACGUCAAUGAAUCAAUGAUAUAUAGUACUCCUAAAAUUAAUUUAUCUGACAAAGAAAAAUUUAAUAUUAAAAAUUAUGAUGUUCAGAAAAAUUUGUCUCUUGACGAGGAAAAAAGUAAAGAUAUAACGCUAAAGAAAAAAUCAAAAAAAUUAAAAAACAAUGAAAGUCUUGCACAUAGAAGUCUUCCAUCUGAAUUAAUUGAAUUUGUAACAGAAACAAAUCUGUCAAGACCAAUGUCAUCUAAAGUAUUGGGAUUAAACAAAACAACAUUAGUUUUGGGAAGCGAUACACCUACAACAAGAUAUUUGAAAAAAGAUAAAUUAAAUGAAAGUGCACCAAUAUUGAAAUCAGAUACCAUGUUCGAAGAAUUAACAAAUACUAUUAAUAGUAGUAAGAAAAACGAUCAAAUUGAAAAAGAAAAUGAAGACGACAAUGAAAAAAACAAAAAAAUAUCUAAAGUAAAUGAUUCUUUAGAAAAAAAAUCAUUUAAUAUUGUGGAUAAUAUGUUGAAAAAUGAUCAAAAAAUGCAAAAAAAACGAAAGCAAUCAAUAGUAAAGGAAAUAACUGAUCCUAUAUUAUUUGAAAACGAUUUUCAAUUGAAUAAACAUAAUACAGAAAUAUUAAAGAAAACUGAACAUUUUGUUCCUUUUUGUAAUACUAAUGAUAAUGAAACAAAAGAAGUAGAUAAGACAAAAAAAAAGAAAAAGAAAACACAUGAUAUUGAUAUAAAAAAAAAUAUAUUCAAUAUUGAAACAAAAUCUGAAAGUCUUAAUGAAAAAAUAUGCAAUGAAAUAAAAAAGAAGAAAGAAAGAGAAAAUACAACUGAUUAUGUUUCAAAUUUGACAAAUAUAAAUAACAUUAACAUAAAGGGGAAAAAGGAAACACAUGAUAUUAAUGUACAAAUGAAAGAAAAAAUAAUUAUUGAAGAUAUCAUUGAAAAUAAAUCGAAAAAUCUUGAUGAAGAAAUACAUAAUGAAGUAAAUAAAAAGAAAAAAAAAAAUAUACUUGAAAAUAUUUCAGAUUCAUCAAAUAUAAAUAAAGAAAAUAAUAUAAUAAAAAAAAAGGAGCAAGUGUUAGAUAUUUUACCGAAGAAUAAUAUUUUAAAUGUGCAAUUAUCUAAGAAAAAUAAGAAAAAAAAAAUACAUGAUACUGAUAUACAAAUAAAAGAAGAAAUAUUUAAAGAUAUUGUUGAAACAAAAUCAAAAAAUCUUGAUAAAGAAAUAAGGAAAAAGAAAAAAGAAAUUAGAAUAGAAAAUAUUCCUAAUUUAUCAAAUAUAGAUAAAGACAUUAAUAUAGUAAAUGAAAAGGAAGAAAUUUCAUAUAUUCUAUCAAAUAAAAAUGUUUUAAAUGAACAAUUAUUUAAGAAAAAUAAGAAAAAGAAAAAUGUUAUUGAUGUACAAAUGAAAAAAGAAAAUAUUACUGAAAAAAAUUUAGAAAAUCAUGAUAAAAAAGUACAUAACGAAGAAAAAAGAAAAAAGAAAGAAGAAAACACAAUUAAAGAUAGUUCAAAUCUUACAAAUUCUAUAAUUGAAAAAACUGAAGUAAUGAAACAUAAAAAAGGCUCAGAUGGUCUGUCAAAUAAUAAUAUUUCAAAUGAAUUGUUAUCUAAAGAAAAGAAAAGAAAACAAAAGUUAUUAAAAGAAGUUGUUUUACAAGAUAAAGAAGAAUUACUUGAAAAAAUAUCACAAAAAAAGCAAAAAUUAUUAAAAAAUACUUCAAUAUCUAAUACAACACAAAAACGAAAGCAAUCAGAAACUUAUGAAUCCAAACCUAAAAAAAGAAAGAUAUUUGUAGAACAGGAUUUUAGUUUACCAAGUAAUUCUGGAAGUACUACUGAUUUUGAUGUCAUUGAUAUACAAAAGAUUAGAAACAAAAAAAAUAUUUCAUUUCGAGAUAGAAUGCUUGCUAGAAAUUCAAGACAAUCUGUGUCUCUUUACAUGAAAUAUUUAAAAAAACAGAAAAUGAAAUCUUCUGUUAAUAAUUUUAUGUUUCAUUAAAUUUAUUAUAUCAUUCUUUAGCUGUAGCAAUGACAUAAUUAAAUAUUUGAAAAAAUCAUUGUCAUUUUUAUUCGUAAAACAUUGUAAAUGCAUUGUAAGAUUAUGAAUUUUCAAUUUGACAUUUUGACGUGAAUUUUUUAUGCAGUUUUUAUAUACAGCAUUUAGAAUAUUUUUUUUUUUUAUAAAUUUAAAUUUUUUCUUUAAAUUAUAGAAUAAUUAAGAUAUUUUUAACCAUAUAGAGGAUGUUCUAUGUAAAGUGAACUUCCUAUAUAUUCUAAUGCUUACAUUUUUUUUAUUAUAUUUUUAUCAAUUUAAAACUAAAAAUCAUUUUAAUAUCAUUAUCAAUCAAUUAUAUUAAUUAUUUGUUUUUAAGUCCUGGCGCAUACAUAUGAUAUAACAUCAAUAUGAUAAUAUUGUGCGAUUUGACAAAUUUAUAUUGCUAAUGAUGUAAUGCAGACGAUCGUAUGAAUCUAUUAUAAAAACAUAACAUAUUUUUGCAUUAUGAAUCCGUAAUUUUAUUUGUCUAUCAUACUUAUUUGUUUAUCAUACUUAUUGUUUAUAAAUUGUGAUAUUUGCAAUUACGUAAUUUAUUAUUAAUAUGAAAUAAUGUACAUCUUGUAACAUAUAAUUGUUAAAAUAUGAUAUAAAAAUUUAACUUUUUUUACUUUAUUAUAAUCGAUAUAUAAUAAAUUAAAUUGUAGUAAAUAAAACAAUAUGAAUGAUAUUUUUUUAUUUCUAAA